UUCCUUCUUCUCCAGCUGCCCGCCCGCACUCGCUCUUCCAAGUCUUUAACCCCCCUUCCCUCCUCCCCUGCUCGUCAAAGCUUCCUACCCAGAAUCAAUCCCUCCUCCAAAGUCUCCCCCAACUCAAGGCAUCCUUCUUCCUUCCCUAAUUUCGCCCUCUUCCCAAUCGCCGGAUCCCGGAACGCCUCCGAAACCAACCAGGACCCCUCGUACUUCAUGGCAACGGGCAAUCUGAGGCGGAGGCUCCACCACGCGGACGUUGAUGGAAGGAAGAAUGAACACGUAGACAUAACCGAUGUAGAUUCCCUCGACGAACCUCUAUUAGGGAGGUCUAGCUAUGACAAUCGCGGAUCGGAGGUGUAUAACCCCAGAAGGCAAGACCUGUGGGAUGAUGAUGAUGAUAGGAAAAAGGAACUACUGCACUGGUCAUUCCUUUUCUCAAAUUUGAUUGCGCAGUGGGCACAGUGGUUAGCAAAUAUUAUUGCAAGCUCCGGGUCAAUGUUUGGCAGAUUGUUUCCCUUUACUUCAGAUAAUGAAAACGGCAAUCCAGUAUAUCUUACUCCUUUGCAGGAAGAAAGAUUGGAUAAUUUAAGACGCAGAUUACAAAUAUCUUUUGAUGGCUCCCGUAUUGAGCAUCAAGAUGCCUUGAGACAACUUUGGAAGUUAGCUUACCCGAGUCGCGAGAUUCCUCCCCUAAAAUCAGAACUAUGGAAGGAGAUGGGUUGGCAAGGCACUGACCCAUCAACAGAUUUCAGAGGUGGUGGAUACAUAUCGUUGGAGAACCUCAUAUUUUUCGCUAGGAACUACCCUGGUUCCUUUCAGAUGCUUCUGAACAAAGUACAAGGGCAGAGAUCCGAUUGGGAGUACCCAUUUGCAGUUGCCGGUAUCAAUAUUUCGUUCAUGCUGAUCCAGAUGUUGGAUCUACAGUCAACCGUUCCGUCUUCAAAGCCAGGCAUUCGUUUUGUGGCACUGCUUGAACAAGAUGAGAAUGCGUUUGAUCACCUGUACUGUGUAGCCUUCCGGAUGCUUGAUGCCCAGUGGCUUGUGAAACGGGCUUCAUAUAUGGAGUUCAAUGAGGUGAUGAAAUCCACGAAAACUCAGUUGGAGCGUGAGCUGGUUUUAGAGGAUGUACUGGCGGUGAAGGACCUGCCGUCUUACACAAUGCUGGACAAGUGAUAUUUGACCUGUUGCAUUUGGUCACUAGGACAUACAUCUGACUAUGCUGGUGGCAGCCGGAUGGGUCGUUUCAGACUGAAGGGUUACUUGAUGUGCUAAUGCUUUGCCGGUGAUAAAUUGUGUAUUGUCCCUUUGUUCUGGCUAUCUUGUCUGCCCAUUAUUUUAACUUACCGAGAGGGAAAUUUCAAGCGUUGUACAUGUAUAUAUGUAGACAUGUGGUGCAUCAGUUUAUGCAGCUUUCAGAUUCACCACCAAGAAAAUAAAGUAACAUAUUUGCCAUCUUC